AUGUCCGCCACUCGCCACGGAAAGCAGAACAUCCUCGCGCAGCACGAUGACGAUGUCGUGAUCGUCUCGGCGCUCCGAACCGCCAUCACCCGCGCCAAGAAGGGCGGCCUUGCCCAGUGCUGCCCCGAGGAGAUGCUCGGCAACGUCCUCAAGGCCGUCAUCGCCGAGAGCAAGAUCGACCCCAAGCUCAUCGAGGACGUCGCCGUCGGCAACGUCCUGCCCCCCGGUGGUGGCGCCACCGCCGCCCGCAUGGGUGCCCUGUGGGCCGGCAUCCCCAACACCGCCGCCGUCAACACUGUCAACCGCCAGUGCUCGUCGGGCCUCGCCACCGUCAACCAGAUUGCCAACCAGAUUGCCCUCGGCCAGAUUGAGAUUGGCAUCGGCGCCGGUGUCGAGUCGAUGACGCUCAACUACGGAGCCGGCGUCAUGCCCAGCAAGAUGUCGGACGCCGUCAUGGAGAACGAGGAGGCGGCCGACUGCCUGAUGCCCAUGGGCAUCACGUCCGAGAACGUGGCCAAGAAGUACAACGUCGACCGCAAGAAGCAGGACACGUUCGCCGCCGAGUCGUUUGCGCGCGCCUCGGCCGCCCAGAAGGCGGGCAAGUUCAAGAGCGAGAUUGUCCCCGUCAAGUACACCGACGACGACGGCAACGACAAGACCGUCGACGCCGACGACGGCAUCCGCGAGGGCGUCACCGUCGAGAGCCUGAGCAAGCUCAAGCCCGCCUUCUCCAAGGACGGCUUCACCCACGCCGGCAACGCGUCACAGGUCAGCGACGGCGCCGCCGCCGUCCUCCUCGCCAAGCGCAGCGUUGCCAAGAAGCUCGGCCUGCCCAUCCGCGGCAAGUUUGUCACGGCCGCCGUCGUCGGCGUGCCGCCCAACAUCAUGGGCGUCGGCCCCGCGUUUGCCAUCCCCAGGCUGUUUGAGCUGACCGGCCUCAACAAGGACGACAUCGACUUCUACGAGAUCAACGAGGCCUUCGCCUCGCAGGCCGUCAUGUCCAUCGAGCACGUCGGCCUCGACUACAAGAAGGUCAACCCCGUCGGCGGCGCCAUUGCCAUGGGCCACCCGCUGGGAUGCACCGGCUCGCGACAGAUUGCCACGGCCCUCGCCGAGGCCAAGCGCCGCGGCGGCAAGCAGCUCAUCGUCACGAGCAUGUGCAUCGGCUCGGGAAUGGGCAUGGCCUCGCUCAUCGUCGCCGAGCACUGA